CAGCUCCGACUCGCGAACUUGAAGCACCGUGUUCACUCCUUCGGUAAAGCACAGGCCCGACCAGAGCACCGAUCGUUAUGGACAACCAACCUGGAUACGACUCUGCAUAUCAGUCCAGCUUGGGUGGCAGUGGGGACAGUGAUGUGGUCGAUGAAGCCCCGGACCAAGGAAGCGGUGGCGGUGGCGGUCAAGGACCGGGAACUGUCGUGCCGAAUAACCCCCCCGUUAUAUCCAGCGGAACAGAUACAACCAGCAGUGGCCAGCCUACCAGUGCGGGGCCGGCUGCAUCUGCGAGGUCGCAAGCGACUCUUGCUGGUGCCAGCCUUCCUGCUGGUGCGAGCCUUCCUUCAGGCCCGCCUACCACUCAAAGAACAAUUCCGACUAGGAAAAUGACUGCUGUAUCUCCGAGGUCACAAACAACUCCUACGAGAACAGCUACCGCACCACCUGCGAGCACAAGCGCGCCUAAACCUGAAGUGGCAACACCCAUGGCACCAUAUAGCUACGUAUGCACCAUCAGCGAAGCGUGGCGAGGAAACACAACGUACCUACCUCCAGACAAGGCGUGCGACUACUUGUUCUACGACUCGCUCUACAAGCACAACAAGAACGCCCUCAUAGAUGGCGUCCACAUGUGGGACGCCGGAGCCCAGCAGUUCAUCCUGCAGGCUUCCGUGUACAAGCACACAAAGUUGGGCUUUUCGUUCGCGUCCGAGCUUGGCCUUCUGAGAAGAGACAUAAAGGACCCAAAAUUUUUCACCAUCAUCGACGAUAUUUGGAGAUACAAUAUAUCCCACUUCGGCAUCCUGGAUGUCAGCAGGCACUACCCAACUGAUCGAGUGGUCUAUGAGUAUCUCAAUCUGCUCAAGGCGGUGUAUCUUCAUCUGAAACCGAAGACGUCACCCCAAAGGCCAUCUUACUACGUCUUAGGAUUAUCUCUGGAUCCUCCGAUAUCCGACUACCGCGCUGUGAACUUGAUGACGCGGACGUUUUCAGAGUGCAAGUCGGGAGACUGGUGGCAUCCUGAUAAUUCGUUCCAACUGGACGUACCUGGCGAAUGUACGGAUCACAAGUCGACAGUCUUCACACCUUCAAUGUUCAUCUCCAUCGCGCACCUUUCGUACUCGGUCAGCAAUUUCCAUAACUGCCGUAUAUUUCCUGUUGCUAUGGCUAAACCUUCACCAGGCGUCGUGGACGGCAACACUUACGGACACACCGUGAACGACAGUUUGGAUUUACUUCGGGAAGUGGCCAAUCUUGGCCUCUCUAUUCCCCUUGCGAUGUCGUUUGGCAUGAAAGGAAUGUUCUACGCCCCCAAGUUUCUCAACGAAGCCGCGCCAACAAUCGAAGAGUUCGAGCUAUUUAAACCUUGCGAAGAUUUUCAGGGGGCCAAGUAUGAAGACCCCAAAAAGGUCUGUGCUGAGGGUGGCUGGAUUGAGUCGCUGCUUGUGCCUGGCCAUGCCUACAACAUAAACCAAAGAAAAGCAUUCACCUACCUAACCGAGCGUAGGAUAGCCGUACUGGCAUGCGAUGGCAAGCAGUUCAGCAUCGAUCUAGACUACGGCCUUGCCGCAUACGACGUGGACUACGACGCAGAACUAUCAUGCGCCCCGUUCGGUUUCUUACCACUGGACGAACGCUUUGGUCGGGUGACUGUUAUGCGCAAGUUAUCGAAUUUCUUGCGGGCGAAGUACACCGACCGGACAAAGCGCUAUGCCUGCCAAGAACUGGCACACCCGCCCAAAGUGGUUCCUUAAUCUGGAGCGUUGGUCGCCGUGCCGCUUUUAUAAAAACAUCGGAAUACCUUGGUUUGGGAUGUGAAUUUCUUCGAGAAAGAAAACCGUCGUUUCGUCUUUCAA